AUGGCGGCCCACCGUCGUGCCAGUAGUAAUGGCGACGUCGCACACGGUCGGUUCGCCGAUAUCCCCAACGCCGUCGAGGUGCCGCUUGCCGACGGAGACACCGUCGAGGUUCAUCUCGCCGAACAACUCGACGACCCGACCGAACUGUGCCAACUGCUCGGAGACGAGAAGGCGCCGAAGAACUUGUGGAUAACCAUCGCAUUGGCAUAUGCGAAGCAGUCGCAACUUGACCAAGCUCUCAGUAUAUUGCGCAGCGGUAUUGAGGUCCUACCUUCGAAAGAUCGACUCAAUCUUCUGUCUGGUGUGGCAUGGCUGCAACUUCUCAAGAGCAGACAAGCCCCUCGGACGAAGCCUCAGGGUGCGGAUAUCGAUGUCAAAGUCAAGGACGACUAUCUCAAGGAUGUCAUUGCUACGUUGAACGAUGCUGGCCGAAUCAACCCGUCGUUCCCACCAGUCAAGCUCACGUCCGGCGUUUGGUCUCUACUACGUGCUUCAUUGGCGACCGCGACACAGACGGGUGAUCGAGCGGACCAGGAGCGGUCAAAGAACUUGAAAGAUGCGCUGGCAAACUUUGAGCAUGUUCUGCGGACAUCGGACAAUCGAAAUAUGAUGGCCAUGCUGGGAAAGGCAAGAGUGCUCUAUAUGCAAGGAAAAUAUGCGCAGGCCCUCGAAUCAUAUCAGGUGGUGCUGAUGCGCAUGCCCUCCAUGUCCGACCCUGAUCCAAGAAUUGGCAUUGGGUCAUGUCUGUGGCAGCUCGGCAUGCAUGAGAGGGCGAGCAAGGCCUGGUCGAGAUCCCUCGAGGUAAACCCUGAUUCGAAAGUGGCGCACGCUCUGCUGGGUGUCUACUAUCUUCGGGAAAGCAACAAGCACCCGGCAUCUUUGCCCGAAUUCGACAAGCUGUACAAGAAAGCCAUGACUGAGCACAUCAGCAAGGCCUACAAAAUCGACAAAGCAUUCCCACUUGCUUGUGCAGUGUUUGCAAGCUACUUCUUAUUGACCAAUCGACACGACGCGGUCGAGCCAUUGGCAAGAAACGCAAUCGAGAAGACCGACGUGGUUGCUAUUGUCAGCGAUGGCUGGUACUUGCUAGGCAGGAAAGAGCACAAUCUAGACAACCUGGAAACCGCUACCGAAUACUAUGGUCGCGCUGAUGCGGCCAGAGGUGGACCAGGCAUCGGCAAAGGUUUCGUCCCAGCCAAAUUCGCCCAGGCUCAGGUUGCUAUCCAGCGUGGACAAGACUAUGAGACGUCAAAACAGGUCCUCGAAUCCUUGACCGGUCACAGAAAUGUCGAGGCCAGCACGCUGCUUGGUAUUCUGACAGCCGAAGAGUAUUUUAAAAUGCAGAAGACCCUGCCUGCCGUCGCAAGUGAAGGCAGUAAGGAAGCAAAAGAUCGACAACAAGCGCAGAGCCUGUGUUUACAGGCAAUCAAGCUUCUCGAGAACGUGCAGAAGUCAUGGACGCAAGCGAAGAACAAAGAUGGCAGCAUCAAUACGAGCGCUAAGAAGGACGAGACAGUCUUGCUAUAUUUGGCACGGCUGUACGAGCAAGAAGAUCCGAUCAAGAGCGCUAAAUACCUUGAUGAAGUCGAGCAGCUUCAAUUCGAUAAGAUUCCGGAAGACGAGCUGCCAGAAGAGACCGCCACCGAUGAAGCCAAGCUGGAAAUUCUCCGAAGCAACCUACCUCCAUCACUGCUCAACAACAGAGCGUGUCACUACUAUCACUUCGGGGACUACAGUUCUGCGCGCUCGAUGCUGGAGAUCGCUAUGGGAGCAUGCAGUAAAUUGUCUCAGAAACAGCAAGCAGAACGCGAACUCGCAGCCGAGGGCAAUAUGCACGACGCAGAUGUCGACGACACCGACGUGGAUGCUCUGCUUGCGACCAUUUCAUACAACCUAGGACGCACUUACGAAGUCCUGGGUCUCGAGAAGAAUGCGCGAGAAACAUACGACAUGUUACUGUCACGACACCCAGACUACACUGAAGCAAAAGCACGCUUGGCAUUCAUGGACUUGGUCGAAUCACCCAGAGAGAGAGGACCGAAAGCCAUCUCGAAGCUGUACGCAGAAGAAUCUGGCAAUAUCGAUGUCAGGGCUCUGAUGGGCUGGUUCUACCAUGGAUCCAAGAAGAAGACACCCAAUGUCAGCGAAGACAGUGAGUAUCGGCAGUACAAACACACGCUGCAGAACCACGACAAGCAUGAUCUAUACUCCCUAACUGGUAUGGGCAAUAUUCAUCUCAACAUUGCUCGCGAGAUGCCCCGCAAUAACGAUGCAGAGAAAGAGAAACGGAGUCGCAUGUACGUUAAAGCCUACGAGUUCUUUGACAAGGUCCUGCAACUGGAUCCCAAGAAUGCUUUCGCCGCACAAGGUAUUGCCAUUAUGCUCUGCGACGACAAGAGAAGCUAUUCGGAAGCUCUGCAGAUCUUCGCACGAGUCAAAGACACUGUUCGCGACGUAAACGUGCUCACGAACCUGGGACACAUAUACACAGAACUUCGGCAAUAUCCCAAAGCCAUCGAGAACUACAACGCAGCGCAGCAGUUGGAUCGGUCGAAACAGAACCCGCAUCUCCUUGCUUGUCUGUCCCGGGCUCACCUCUUGAAGGCCAAAGUUGAGCGCUCAAUCCUGGAGCAUAUCACUGCACUCGAAUACAUGAAGGAAGCCCUCGAUGCUACACCAGACUCACCACAUCUCCGCUUUAACGUGGCGUUCAUCCAAUUCCAGAUCGCAACAAUAGUCACCCAGGCCAAGGAAACAGACCGAUCGCUAGUUGACGUUGAAAGCGCCAUAAAAGGUCUCGACGAAGCGAUCGCCACUCUCGAGGAAGUCGCCCAGGUCAAGGCUCCUCCCUACCACAAGCAGCUCGAGCGUGCUCGCGGCGGCCAAGCCGAGUUCGAGCGCAACAACCAAGAGAAGCUUGUCGAGUCACGGAAACGCCGCGAGGAGGAGCAGGCCAAGAAAGACGCCCUCAAAGCCGAGCUCCGCAGAAAAGAGCAGGAGCAGCUCGAAGCUGUUGAAGCAGAGCGGAGAAAGAUGCAGGAGGAGUCCGAGCGGCGUGGGGAGCAAGCACGUGCUGAAGCUGCAGCACGGGAAGCUCUCGAGUACACCGAUGACGAAGAGACAGGCGACCGGAUCAAGCGUAAGGAGAAACAGAAGCGUGAUCGCGCGUCGGGCAAGAAUCGCAAGCGAAAAGCCCAGCGCGAGGUUGAGGAUGGGUUUAUCGAGGACGACGAGGAUGAGGGCGCGUCUGGCCGGAGCGUGUCACGGACGCCUUUCUCUGGUGAUAGUGAUCGCGAUGGUGAAGUUGGUGGUGAGGCUGCGCCGCCCAAGAAGAAGCGGAGACGGCUUGAGCGGAAGGGUGGUGCCGUUGCCAAGAAAGCCCGCUCCGCACCAGCGCCGAAGAAGACGAACAGCAAGUACAAGUCUGAUGAGCGAAUUAUCGAUUCGGAUGACUCAGACGAGGAAGAGGCUGCGCCGACUCCCGUCACUGACGCUGAUGAAGAUAUGCCGGAUGCAGUGGCGUCUAUUAAUGGCGUGAACGGAAAUGGCGCGGAUGGCGUGGGCGAGGAUGAGGACGGGGAUGAUAGUGAUGCGGUCAGGAAGCCGAGGCCUACGCCGAGGAAACAGCAGCGACUGAUUGCGGACGAUGAUGAUGAAGACGAGGAGUCCUAG